AUGCCGGACCCUAUUUCUAUAACUUCGCUUAUAAUCGAGGUUGGUGGAGUUAUUGCCAGCCUGAUGAAAUAUGCCAAGGCGGUACGGGAUUCGAGACCUGACGCUCGAAGACUAAGCGAAGAGCUGUUCGCUCUCAAAGGCAUUCUAGAACAUAUUUCCGCCCAAGCUGAACCCCUAUCCAAAUCGGAAGAGGGUCUAUGCGACCCCGAAUUUCUGACAAACGCUCUCGCAAGAACGGAUGAGACGCUUCAGUCCCUCCUCUUUGACCUUGAAGAACCAGUGGACAAAUACAAACGACUGAAACAAAAAUUAGAGUGGCCUCUCACCCGCGAAAAGUUCAACGCCCACCUCAUUCGCCUUGAAAGGGUGAAGUCGUGCUUAAUCCUUGUUUUCACGAGUGAUAGCAAUGCUCUUAAUCGAGAUUUGCAUCGUAAAUUGACUGAUCUUGCAACUUCACUGGAGGAAAACCUGAAAAUUCGAAAUGACGAAAGGAUCUCUACAGCCCAUCGAGACCUUUGCCGCUGGUUGGCUCCUAGUUGUCCGACUGGUGCUCAUCUGCGAGCCUCAAGAGCUCGACUGGAUCAAACAGGAAAAUGGUUCAUCGAUACCAUUUUCAAAGAAUGGCUAUGGGGACACGAUACAUAUCGGCAGAUUCUCUUCCUCCUGGGCAAAUGGAAAACAACACUCUUCUCCCACGUUGUCGAUAAGCUGACCUCGAUGUCAACACAUGCCCAGGGUGUGGCAUUUGGCUACUUUUACUGCUCAUUUGGUGAUGUGGCCUCUCAAGAUCCGAAAAAUAUCUUAGGAUCACUUCUGGCUCAGCUCUCUGAAUCAAAUCCCUCAAUUUUGGAAAGUAUUUGGCCGUUCUAUGAAGCGAAAAUGAAUCCAAUAGCAGGCAGAUACCCUGUCGACAUUGCUGAUAUCGAAGACGCCAUCAUCGAACAUAUGUCUGGAGACCAACCCGUUGUCCUUCUCGUGGACGCACUUAAUGAGAGCUGCCAAUCAGAGAACAUCAAGCGAUCUUUAAUAAGGAUGCUGAGCAAGCUUCCAAAUCUUCGUGUUCUUCUCACAGGCACGACCGAUAUGUUCUCGUGCGAGCACGCCAGAAUAAUAAAUAUAAAUGUGACAGGCAUAACAGACGACAUCGACACCUUUAUACGUUUUACGCUGCAAGAGGACGGAAUGCUAAAGAAACUGAACUCGAAGUUAAAGGAUCAGAUCUGGGAGACCAUUUCCCAAGGUGCAGAUGGAUCGUCAGUUCUACAAUCAUAUGGCGUGGUCGCCGCUAACCUCUUCGCAUAUAGAUUUCGCUGGGUUCAGUUAUCUUUGGAAAACCUCGGCUCACUUAGAACCGUCGGGAAAAUCCGAGAGGCUCUGCAAACAUUACCAAGGACCUUACGAGAGACAUAUGCCGGCAUAUUGCAGAGAAUCCCUGAGAGUGAUUGGGAGCUUAGCCGCGCUGCUUUCUUAUGGCUCAGUUUCUCAAACCGGUCGCUUACCUUAGAUGAACUGAAUGAAGCAGUCGUUCUAGAGGAGACAUCUACAGUUCUUGAUGAAGAUAUGAAACUAGUUUCUCCAGGGAUUCUCCUUGAGAUUUGUCAGGGGCUCAUCACGCAGGAUGAAGUCGGAAAUGUGAGUUUGGCGCACGCUUCUGUCAAGGAUUUCCUCACAUCCGAGUGGAUACGCUCCUCUAGUGUGCAAUACUUCAGUCUAGAUCCAGCAACCGCUGGUAAGACUUUAAUGCGACAGUGCCUUACCUAUCUAUGUCUCGAUAACUUUCGGUCCGGAUACGUGCAUUCUAUUGACUCAAUUCUUGAGCGCGAGGGGAAGCACUCUCUUCUGGAAUAUGCUGCACACUUCUGGGCCAGUCAUAGCAAGUCGCGGGACUUUGAUGGCCGCGACUAUCAAAUCGUGGAUAGGCUUUUGAGUUCCCGAAAUCUUCUUCGUUGCGGUAAUUUUGGCGUGUGGGUGCAGACAAUAGCUCCAGAUAUCGAUGUUAGAAUCAUCGAGACGACGCACCCGUUAUAUUAUGCCGCUUCCUUUGGCCUAGUUUCUGUCGUCAAGGCUAUCAUUGAGUCAACCCCUGGCAUCGAUCUAGAUGCUCCUGGGGGGCGCUUUGGGUCCACACCUUUAUAUGUCGCAUGCUGGCGAGGGAAUCAUGAAGCAGUGGAGAUUCUUCUUCAAGCCGGGGCAAAUCCCUAUCGCCCUGAUUCUUCCACGGGUCUGACGGUCUUUUUCCUACCCCAAACCCCCAAAUUUGCGCGUACUAAAGAGAUUCUGUCAAAAGCCCCCAUGAAAGACAUUUCUCGUGACGGUCCUAAAAGUACGUGUUCUGAAAGUCCGAGAUCAGAUACAAGCCUACAGCCGAGGUGCAGAGCCCUGAGUGACGAUAUCGAAGGGCACAAAGUAGAGAGCGACAAUAAGAAGGUACCCCUAGACACGGAUAUUGGCCAAAGGACAUUCGGGAGUUCUCCUGCGUUGUUGCCUUCUACUAUCCCUACCCUGGAGGAAUUUUUAGCGCAGGUCAUGGAGUUGAAUCCGCGGCUGGAGCCCGCUUUAGCCCAGCGCCUCGCGCAAGAGCAGUGCCGACGUUAUGAAAGGCUCACUAGAAUGCGGCAAAAACACUCCCAAGAUAUCAUCAAUCACUCGUGUCGCUCUGGGGGUGGCUCCCCAUCGAGUUUUCCUCCUGGGGUUCCCUUGCCACCUGUCCCAUCUUUGCCAGCUCAGUUUGAGUGUCCCAUCUGCUUUGAAGUUAAAAAAUUCCAGAAGCCUUCCGAUUGGUCAAAGCAUGCCUACGAGGAUGUGCAACCUUUUACAUGCACUUUUCCCAGCUGCCCAGACCCGAAGACGUUCAAGCGCAAAGCAGAUUGGGUGCGCCAUGAAAUGGAGUUACACCGGCGACCAGAAUAUUGGGCUUGCUCUUUCCCAAAGUGCGGGCUCACUUUCACUCGCAAAGAUAAUUUCCUUGGACACUUGGUACGAGAGCAUAGGUUGACCAAGCCCAUGGUCAAAGGAAGGAAGCCUUCUUUUCCGGAAGAGCAGUUGGCCCCACCAGAAAGCAAUGACAAGACUUUGUGGGAGAUUGUCGAGCAGUGUCACCGAGAAGAACCCUCACAUGAGGAGCGGUGUCAAUUCUGUGGAGAUAGCCUGGGAAGCUGGAAGAAGCUGAUGGUUCAUCUGGGAAAGCACAUGGAGGAACUGGCAAUGCCGGUUCUUGAAAUGGUCAACCAAAGCGUUGGAUCUUGA